AUGUGCACUAACGCGGGCUUCCAGCUAAAAAUGGCGACCAGUCUUGAUGAUGACGAUACUCGGAAUCUACUUCUCUCCUACCAUUCCGCAUAUAUGCCGCCUUACUCCCCGUUAAAGACAAUCAGAGAUAUCACUCCGCCAACAACCCCAGUGGGUGCUAAACGCCAGUUAUCUGAGGCGAAGCUAAGAAGACAACAUACCAAACGAAAGAAUUUUAGAGCACGAAAAAAGGCACAGAAGGCAGCUAGGUGGGAGGAAAGGUGUAACGAGGCAUUGAGAAGGCGUUGGAGAGAGAGAAUGCAAAAGUUCAAGCUUCAUCAAGAGUUAGAUAUAAAAGAAAAAGAGGAAGAGUGUAAAAAAAAGCGAGAAGCUCUUGCCACUGCUUUAGAAAAUACAGCAGUUAAAAUUCGGAGAGCAGUGAUGCAUAAAAAAUUAAUGACCACUUCAUAUGCGUUUCGGACCAGCUUGAAGAAAGUGAUACCGGUACACUAAAUCUACCUUCCUGCCGUUCAUCAGAAACAGAUCAUAAUGCUACACUACUUCAUAGCACUUCGAUGUACAGAGACAUGGCAGAAUACUACAGUGCUGAAAACCGAAGGCUAAAAGUCAAAGCUAGUGAAAGUAUAGAAGCUGUUCGUCAAUUUUGGCGAAAUAAUAUUCUAGAGGAACGCACAAGGGCUGGAAAAAUGGUGAUGAUUUCCCUGAGAAAAGCAUCUAGUCAAACACUAACAGAUUAACCAUGUUUUUCAUACCUUUGUAUGCGUGCAUGGUCUAAGACCUUCAUGAUUAUUAUUAAAAAAACAUUGAAAACAAAAAUAUAAA